AUGACGUCGCCCGAGACCGUCCUCCUCUACUACUGCGCCCUCCGUGGCAUCUCCACCUCGCCCCCCGCUGGCCAUUUCUCCACUUCUUCUGCCCCUCCUCCAACCCCUCCGUCACCCGCCACCCAGCCGCCAUCGUCGUCACCGCAGAGGAGCCCCGCCCGCGGUGGUGUGCCGGUGAACCCGUCCUACCUGGGCAUCCAUCUCAAGGAAGACGAGGAGCGCAGCUUCAAGGCCGCCGGCAUCCUGCCCAUCGCCUUCUUCACCUCGCCGCCACCCGGCGGGCUGGUGGGUCCGCCGCCCAAAGCCGCAAAGCAGGGCGAGGCCAAGCCUGGCGACGAGAGCGAAGACGAGGACGGUGGCGGUGGUGGUGGCGCGGACGAGAAGAGCAGCACAGCGCCGAGCGCUGCAGCCACGAAAGGCGGUGUGCCGGUGCCCUACGUGUUGCUCGGCUGCGAGACCCGGCGUAAGCAGGUCAAGACCGACGAGGUUUACAUCAACCUCUUUGGCGGCAAGCGCGAAGACAGUGACGGCUCUGCUGCGGAGACUGCCUGGCGUGAGUUUUGGGAGGAGACGGGGCGAUUGCUGCCGGACCAAGCGCAGCCGUUCUUGGACCACUGCCGCGAUGGAGCCGAUCGGCGGCGAGUACUUUGGUUCGCUCCUGGCAAGUACGUCUUGUUCCUGUAUCAUCUGCCCUACCCGGCACCUGAAUGGACGACAAAGCUGGCCGAGCAGUACAGGCAGCUGGAGACGCGGGAGGAGGGCAGCGAGAUGGACUCCCUGCACUGGGUGUCCCUGCCGGCCCUGCUGAAGGCUGUCGGCCGUCGCGCUCCGGCAGACCGCGCAGUCUACGGCGCCGAUGAUGGCAGGCCCUACCCUGUGUUCCGCUUCAGCGCCGACAUUGUGGUCCACCUGUCGCGCUACUUCCAGAGCGUCGUCAAGGGCCAGGCGCACGCCGUGCCCCCACUCGACUCUACCACCUCGCCAGCGCGGCGCUCGCCCUACCGAGCACCACAUGGGCCACCACACGGGUCCAGCGCUGGCGGGCAGUCGCCUGCAAGGUCCUACCACACAACACCGCCCCGCUCGACUGUCAAGCACCAGCGCUCGCCACAUACAGCAAAGCCCACUCCAGCUACCUACUCAGCUCCUCUGUCAGCCAGGGCCAAGCCAUUCUAUCCCAAAAGCCCGUGCCCCACCCAGUUUGUAGCUGUAACUGCAAACCCAAACGACUAA